AUGGCGACGAGGAAGCGGGGGCGCCGGAUCUCCGGCGCUGCGGAGAUCAGUAGGAGGAAUGAUCCCGCCGGACGGAUGCCUCGGCCGGGGAGCGGCAGCACCUCCUCUGGCCGCCUCCGUAUUUUCUCUCUUCUCGCUCUUAUCCUCCUCGCCCUUCUUCUCCUAUACUUCAAAGCUUACGGCGGCAGAAAGUACGGCACGGUCUCCGAAGACGGCUCGAUCCUUUCCGUUUACGAUAGAGGACUGGUCAAACGUGAAAUUACAUACCGUGAAGUUCUCGCUGUAAGUAGGGAAAUGGAUUUUUCUCUCUUACGUCCUGAUUUUGGUCGUCAAAGGAGUAUGUUGAUAUGUCUGUAUUUUUAAUAUUAUUUUCUGUCUUUUUACUUCUUUUAAUUCUCUUCCAAGAAAUCCAGGAAAAUUCAAGGACCUCAGAGAAUACAUCUGUCCGUCAUUUCCUAAAUCCCGUUCUCGCGUAUGUGACGCCGUGGUACGCACUGCAAAUUCUUGUCGGACGGAAUUUACACCUGAUAAGGCUGAAAUGUUUAUUUGUUGACUAACCCUGUUGGUUUUGUUCGGAGUAGAAACUUUCAGAACGACAAUCUCUGGUAGCAUAAAUAUAUUCAAAUUAAUGCUGCAGGAAUUCACUGGGAUAUGAAUUGGCAGAGAAGUUUUGUUUUAAGCUGACUCACGUAUCACCAGUCUGGUACGAUUUGAAGAGGUAACUCCCAAAAAAUGCAGUGUAUAGCGGGAUGCAACUAUUUUCUCGCUUUCUGCUGGUCUCUUUCCCCACUGAUGAUAUUUUUUUUUGUCUGCUUCUAGUGAGAGAAACAAUUUUUUUCUCGAGGGCCGGCAUAAUUCUGAUUCACAGUGGAUUUCUAGGAUUAAAACUAAUCGAAACCUAGUGGUAUGCUCGUCAAUUCACGCCUCUCUUAAAUAACUAGUUUUAAUCAUGUGCGUGGCAAUUUUUUUUAGAAUUCUGGCGACGUUCUUGUUGAUUUUGAUUUUAAAAUGCCUUCAAUCUUAUUUUCAAGAACUAUGCUUCCAAAAAUCUCUUCAUAGAGUGUAUUUCUUUGUUGACGCUCUGACGUAUACCUCAUUUUUUUUUAGGUACUUCCUAGAUUUGUCCUCGAGGUGUUACCCUCUGAGAUGCUAAAAAGGAAGAAACAAAGGGACAAGGUCAUUGAUAUUAUUGUAUCAGAAUGCAAGUACAGUUUUAUGUUAAAGUGAAACAUUUUUCUGAUUCCAUUCUGUUUCCUUCAAGCGUCUUUUGGAUUCUUAUGGCUGUUUUGAUGUUGCUUUCCAUUGAACAGGGAAAUGGGAUAUGAUGGUGUUGUACUAGAAUCCUGGUCAAGAUGGGCUAUGCACGGUGUACUACAUGACGUAGACAUGCGCAGGAGGGUUAGUGGAAUAUUAUCAUUUUGUAAUACAUUAUCAGCAUAAAGACAUCUCUUCAGUUAUUUCUGCGCUGAUUUUUUCAUUCUUCUGACGACAACCGUAGUGAUUCUGAUCGAUUUCUUUGAUUUUCCUUUUUAUGAUUUACGAAAGGCUAUGCUAUUCACAUUCGACCAAUGAUAUGCAUAAUAUGUUCCUUUUCUGUCUGUUUUAAUAUCCGGUCUUUUUACCUAUAUUAUGCCUCAUGUUUAGUACCUAGACUUCAUUGGGGACCAUUUUAGUGGCUGGAUUAAGUUGCAGUUUGAAGUAUGUGAUAGAAAUCGGCUUCAUUUUAGUUCUUUUUAUAUAUUUUAAGGCUUUUUUCAUAUAUCCGGAAAUAAUUUCAAGGGAAGAAGAAUACGACAUUUAUGCCAGAGGUUGAUUUUAAUCAGCGCCUUAGUCAGCUGAAUGGAUCUAGAUAUUAGGCUCUACAUUCUGGAGGUUUGGAUAUGGCUGGAUUUCAAAUUCAUUGUCAGUACUAUUAAAAAUUUGCUUGGGGAAUUUAAAAAUGAAGGAAUCGCAACUCCAAAAGAAACCUUUUGAAGAACAGGUUUGUUAUGUUGCUUCUUUCGCCUUUAAAGGAACUGAUAAUGAGCCAGAAUGUCCAUCGAAGCAGGAUUUAUUUAAUGCAAAAGAGACCAAAAGCUGUCCAUGGAUCUCCUUGUCCUGUGACGAUACUGUCAUUCUCCGAGUGCUUGUGAGCUCUUCUGAAAAAAGAACGAAAGUCCUUCCCUUUGUACGUGCAGACCACUAAUUUUGAUCCAAAGUUGACUUAAAAUGCGAUAUUUUAAUAAUUAAUAGUAUGAUAAUAGAAUAAUUUGCAAGUUUAACACAUGUAAAGUUGGAUUAAUUCCCCUAAUUUGCAAGAGUUUAUUUCCUCUAUGGGUAGAGGUUCCACUCAAGUUCUUACAGAGUAUUGGGAGAAUAUUCAUGAUAGAAGUUACCUAACAUAAAGGGACGUAAUAAUUUCCUAAAUUCAAGGGUUCUCACUCGAAUCUGUAUAUUUCGCUCUUGCAACUAGUGUUUUCACUCUUUCUGCUUGAUUUGGUCACUGCUUUCACAACGUGACAUCACAUCACAGUUCUAGUUGAGUCUAUGGAUGUAGCUUAUGGAAGGGAGAAAUUUGUCUGACCUUGUUUGCUCCAUGACCCUAUAUUUAGGCAUUGGAGUUCGUCAAGGAGCUGGCUACUACUCUGCACUCUGUGAACUCGUCUGCAAGCCCCCGAGGGCACUUGGAGCUAGUCUUCGUCAUCCCACCUCCGCGCUCACAGCAUCUCAAAGAACAUGACUUUGGACGCGAUGAUCUUCGGCGUCUCCUGGACAUCGUGGACGGCUUCUCACUGAUGACGUACGAUUUUUCAGGUCCUCAUAGCCCCGGACCCAACGCUCCCUUGCUAUGGAUCAGGUCAACCCUCGAGCUGCUUCUCGGUGACGACGGUGGUGCUCGAGAAAAUGCUUACAAGAUCUUCGUAGGCAUAAAUUUCUAUGGGAAUGAUUUCCUCCUGACAGAAGGUGCGCGUCUCAACAAACCCGUCGUUCUUCUGUGCCUUUGAUUCAGAAAAUCAUCGACAAGAAACUAUCAUCGUGUUUACUUUCCUGCCUCUACCCUGCUAGAGCUGGAGUUUUAUUUCUCUUUGAUCUUCAGAUGAAACCCUAAAAAAAAGUUAUGGGUCCACCCCUAUCUGGGCCUGCUUCGCCUCUCUCUCUCUCUCUCGUUCAAACUCCAUGGUUUCUGUCCUCAAAGCUUCCCCCUCCUCCUUGAAGGUCCGGGUGGUGAGGCCAUCACUGGGAGGGACUACCUGUCUCUACUCCGGAAGCACAGGCCGGCGCUGCAGUGGGAGGCCGAGAGCUCGGAACAUUUCUUCCUCUACUCCCACGACAAGGUCAGACGCGCCGUUUUCUACCCCUCCUUGUUGUCGAUCUCCCUGCGCCUGGGCGAAGCCCGCUCUCGGGGAGCCGCCCUCUCCAUCUGGGAGAUCGGCCAAGGUCUGGAUUACUUCUUCGAUCUUCUAUGA